GCUUCUCCUUCGAUUCCGCUUCUACUCCGAUCGAAUUCCAACUCUGACAAUUUCAUUCUCUUCUCACGAUUACUUGAUUUUGCACUUGUUUUUUCUCUUUUACUGUUAAGAGUUUUGAUUUGCAGAGUUCGAAGAUGUUGGAAGAUCAGGUAGCGUAUUUGUUACAAAGGUACUUGGGGAACUAUGUGAGGGGAUUGAGUAAGGAAGCUCUUAAGAUCAGUGUUUGGCAAGGAGAUGUAGAGCUGAAAAAUAUGCAGCUUAAACCAGAAGCCCUUAAUGCUUUGAAAUUACCUGUCAGGGUUAAAGCUGGAUUUCUUGGAUCAGUCAAACUCAAGGUACCAUGGACCAGACUUGGACAGGAACCUGUAGUUGUUUAUCUUGACCGAAUUUUUGUAUUAGCCGAACCUGCUACUGAUGUUGAAGGGCGUAGUGAGGAUUCUAUCCAGGAAGCAAAAAGAAAUCUAAUACGGGAAAUGGAAACGAAACUAGUUGAGAGAGCUCGUCGACUACAGACAGAAAUGAACAAAUCAUGGAUGGGAUCAGUGAUCAACACUAUCGUUGGAAACUUGAAGCUGUCAAUUUCAAAUAUUCACAUAAGAUAUGAGGAUCUAGAGAGCAAUCCCGGCCACCCGUUCUCAGCUGGUGUUACACUAGAGAAACUCUCAGCUGUAACCAUUGAUGAGAGUGGAAAAGAAACUUUUAUUACUGGCGGGACUCUGGACUCCAUCCAAAAGUCUGUUGAACUUGAUCGGCUUGCAUUCUAUCUUGAUUCUGACAUGUCUCCGUGGCAUAUUGACAAACCAUGGGAGGUUCUAACUCCUUUUGAGUGGGAUCAGAUUUUUAGAUUUGGCACAAAGGAUGGUAAGCCAGCUGACUGCCUCACGAGGAAGCAUUUCUAUAUUCUGCAACCUGUCUCAGGGAAUGCGAAGUACUCUAAGUCUCAACCAAAUGAAUCUUCAAAUACUGCUCAACCUUUGCAGAAGGCAUAUGUAAACUUAGACGAUGUGACACUUUGUUUAUCAAAGGGAGGAUACAGGGAUGUCAUGAAACUUGCUGAUAAUUUUGCUGCAUUUAAUCAGCGUUUGAAAUAUGCACAUUACCGUCCAUCUGUUCCAGUUAAAAUCGACGCAAAAUCGUGGUGGCAAUAUGCUUACAGAGUUGUUUCAGAACAAAUUAAGAUAGCAAGCGGGAGAAUGUCAUGGGAGCACGUUUUAAAGUACACUAGUCUACGCAAGAGAUACAUCACACAGUAUGCUUCGUUACUGAAAUCUGAUAUCAGUAGGAUAGUUGUUGAUGAUGAUGAAGAAAUCGAGGCCCUUGAUCGGGAACUUGAUACCGAUGUUAUUUUGCAAUGGAGGAUGUUGGCGCACAAGUUUGUUGAGAGGUCGGUACAGGCAGAAAAUUACUCGAAGAAGCAACAGGCUAAAAGUUCAUGGUGGCCAUUCGGAGGGAAGAGUGAAGUGUCCGAAGGUGAAGGAGAAUCUAUUCAAUUCACAGAUGAAGAUUGGGAACGGUUAAAUAAAGUCAUAGGGUACAAAGAAGGUGAUGAGCAAUCAAUUAUCAACAAUGCAAAACCUGAUGCUCUCCACACUUUCUUGGAGGUACAGAUGAAGCGUAGUGCUUCAAAACUUUAUGAUGGGGAGAAAGAAUGUCUUGCGGAGUUAUCAUGUGAAGGUCUUAAUUGCUCCGUUAAGCUUUUCCCAGAGACGAAGAUAGCUGACAUUAAAUUAGGGAGAUAUCGCUUGUCAUCGCCAAGUGGUCUGCUUGCUGAGAGUGCACCUGCCUCUCACUCUGUACUUGCUGUCUUCUGUUAUAAGCCCUUUGAUGCUAAAGUUGACUGGAGUCUUGUUGCAAAAGCUUCUCCAUGUUACAUGACUUAUCUAAAGGAUUCCAUUGAUGGAAUUGUCAACUUCUUCGAAAGCAGUACUGCUGUGAGCCAGACAAUAGCUUUGGAGACUGCCGCUGCUGUACAGUCAACUAUUGAUGAAGUUAGACGCACUGCUCAAGAAGGAAUGAAUAGAGCAUUGAAAGAUCAUUCAAGGUUUCUGCUCGACUUAGAUAUUGCAGCACCCAAAAUCACAAUUCCAACAGAAUUUCGUCCUGAUAACCAUCGUUCUACAAAGCUUCUUCUAGACCUGGGUAAUUUGGUCAUCCGUUCCCAGGACGACUAUAAGCACGAACUGACAGAGGAAUUGGAUAUGUAUCUGCAGUUUGAUUUAGUUUUGAGUGAUGUGUCCGCUUUACUUGUUGAUGGUGAUUACUCCUGGAAACAAUUAUCCUCAAAAAGAUCUUCUAGUUCUGGCAGGGAAAGCAGUGUAACUUUCUUGCCAGUUAUUGAUAAGUGUGGGGUACUCUUAAAACUUCAACAGAUUCGUCGACCAAACCCAUCGUACCCAUCAACCAGACUUGCUGUGCGGCUACCAUCAUUAGGCUUUCACUUCUCCCCGGCUCGAUACCAUAGGUUGAUGCAAGUUGUGCAGAUCUUUCAAACUAAGGAUGAUGAGAGCUCUCAAAUUCUACGUCCAUGGGAAGAAGCUGAUUUUGAGGGGUGGUUGUCUAUUCUUAGCUGGAAGGGAAGAGAAGCUACGUGGCAGCGGCGGUACUUAUGCUUAGUUGGUCCAUUUAUCUACGUGCUCGAAAGUCCUGGCUCAAAAUCUUAUAAGAAGUAUACCAGCUUACGCGGGAAGCAUAUAUACAAAGUUCCCGUAGAGCUUGCGGGAGGAGUAGAGCAUGUCUUGUCCAUUCGUAAUGCUUCUCGGAUCAGUGAUAAGGUUAUGGAGGAUGUAAAUGCACUCAUAUUGAUGUUUGACUCUGAAGACUCCAGAAAAACAUGGCAUAGCCGUUUGCAGGGCGCUGUCUAUCGGGCCUCGGGUUCUGCUCCCAUAGCCGGUCUUUCUGAUACUUCAUCUGACAGUGAGGAGUCAGAAACAGAACAGAAAGAUGUUUUUGAUUUGUCUAACUUGGAGAGUGUAUAUGUAACCGGUGUGCUUGAUGAACUCAAAAUAUGUUUCAGUUAUGGUCAUCAGGAUGAUGCUUCUUUCAUGGCGGUGCUUCUUGCCAGAGAGAGUAAAUUGUUCGAGUUUAGGGCCUUAGGUGGGAAGGUUGAAGUUUCGAUGAGAGGGAGUGAUAUGUUUAUUGGGACUGUACUAAAAUCUUUGGAAAUAGAAGAUUUGGUGAGCCAUUCUGGUUUAAACGAAUCUUGUUAUUUGGCAAGAUCUUUUAUUCAGUCUUCAGAAAUGCUUCCAUCCUUUGAAGAUGCUGAGAGCAGGAGCCCUGAACGCAUUGAUCCUACUUCUAGUGAAGGGGAGGAAAAGUUUUAUGAAGCACCAGAAAUCUUGGUUGAUUCCAUUGACUAUACAUCUCUCAGGACCCCUAGUUUUAGUCGCAUUGAUGGAUUGCUUCCUGUUGACAACAAGAAUAUCACUAAGCCAAGCAAUGAGACAACUGAGUCACUGGAUAGUUUCGUGAAGGCUCAAAUAGUCAUAUACCAUCAGACGUCACCUCAAUAUAAAAACAUUGAUAACCAGGUUAUGGUAACUUUAGCUACAUUAUCAUUUUUCUGUCGAAGGCCAACAAUUCUUGCUAUUUUGGAGUUUGUAAAUGCUAUCAAUGUUGAGGAUCCAAGCUGUGAAUCUUUUGAGGACAACUCUCCUGUAGCUGGAGAGCAUACUUCCCCAAGAAGAGAUGGAUUUGAAGAUUCUAGGGAUGCAGCUGUCAAGGGUUUGUUAGGGAAGGGGAAAUCCAGAAUCAUUUUCAACUUGGCAUUGAACAUGGCUCGGGCGCAGAUAUUCCUAAUGAAUGAGAAUGGAACUAAGUUUGCUACAUUGUCACAAGACAAUCUGCUGACAGAUAUUAAGGUCUUUCCGAACUCGUUCAGUAUUACGGCAAGUCUUGGAAAUUUACGAAUCAGUGAUGACAGCCUCCCAGACGACCAUAUGUACUUUUGGAUCUGUGAUAUGCGAGACCCUGGAGGAACUUCUUUUGUUGAGUUGGCUUUCACAUCAUUCAGUAUCAUUGAUGAAGAUCAUGAAGGUUUCGACUACUGCCUUUCUGGGCAGCUUUCUGAAGUGCGCAUUGUUUAUCUAAAUCGCUUUAUUCAAGAGGUUGCUGAAUACUUUAUGGGACUGGUGCCAAGUGAUUCAAAAGGGGUUGUCAAGAUGAAGGAUCAAAUUACGGACUCAGAGAAGUGGUUUACGACUAGCGAAAUUGAAGGAUCUCCUGCUCUUAAGUUGGAUCUAUCUCUUAAGAAGCCCAUAAUUGUUAUGCCUCGGCACACUGAUAGCCCUGAUUACCUGAAGCUAGAUAUUGUGCAUAUAACUGUGGACAAUACCUUUCAGUGGUUUGCUGGAGACAAAAAUGAGCUGAAUGCAGUUCACGUGGAAACUAUGAAAAUAAUGGUCAUGGAUAUCAACCUUAAUGUUGGUUCUGGAGCUGAAAUAGGUGAAAGCAUAAUUCAAGAUGUGAAGGGGGUUUCUGUAACCAUUAACCGAUCUCUGCGAGACUUGUUACAUCAGAUACCGAGCAUUGAAGUUUCUAUUGGGAUAGACGAACUAAGAGCAGCCCUCUCAAAUAGGGAAUACCAGAUCUUGACAGAGUGUGCACAGUCUAAUAUUUCUGAGCUUCCACAUACUGUGCCACCAUUGAGUGGUGACGUUGUGACAUCUUCAAGAAACUUACAUGAAACUCUUACUUCUGAGGAUACUAAUGCUGCUCAAACAGAGAAAACUGAUGCUUGGAUUUCAAUGAAGGUUUCUGUUGUCAUCAAUCUGGUGGAGUUGUGUUUGUAUGCUGGGACAGCAAGAGAUGCACCGUUGGCUGCUGUACAGAUCUCUGGCGGUUGGCUUCUCUACAAAUCCAAUACACACGAUGAGGGUUUCCUUACUGCAACAUUGAAGGGAUUCAGUGUUAUUGACAACCGUGAAGGAACUGAAAAAGAAUUCCGACUGGCUGUAGGAAGACCUGCAGAUUUAGAUUUUGGAGAUUCACAUUCUGUGACUGAUGAAGAUCAGGGUUUAACUCAGUCACAUGUAACCACGGGGAGUGGUAUUGGACCCUUUCCUUCGAUGCUCACUCUUGAUGCGCAAUUUGGCAGUGUGCUAUCAAGUGAAGAAGAUAAAAUCCUUAACAUGGUCGACGCAAUUGUCAUGGAUAAGUCUAUCUACAAGCAACAAACUGCUGAAGCGUUUCUUUCUCCUCUUGGUCCUUUGAUCGCUGAAGAUGAGAAAUUUGAUAACUUUGUUUAUGAUGGUAAUGGUGGAACGUUAUAUCUGAGAGAUAGAAAUGGAGGCAUCCUUUCUUCACCUAGUACAGAGCCUAUUAUAUAUGUAGGAAGUGGGAAAAGGUUGCAAUUCAGGAAUGUAGUCUUUAAGAAUGGCCAAGUUUUGGAUUCAUGUAUCUCUUUGGGAGCAUGCAGCAGCUAUUCUGUUUCUAGAGAGGAUGGGGUUGAGUUGGAAGUAUAUCAUAAAGCCCCACAACAAGACUUUGAGAGGAAGGAAGAUCCGGUUUCUCAAUCUCCCAGCACCACAACAGAGAGGUCCACGGAAAUGAUCAUUGAGUUCCAGGCUAUUGGCCCAGAACUUACUUUCUACAAUACAUCCAAAGACGUAGUGAAAACCCCAUUACUCUCCAACAAACUUUUGCAUGCUCAGGUUGUCAUAAAGAAUGAUAAAAUUGAAAUGAGUGCUCAUACGUUGGGUCUAACCAUGGAAAGUAAUGGAGUGAAAAUUCUGGAACCUUUCGACACCUCUGUUAAGUAUUCAAGUGUUUCUGGGAAGACUAACAUACAAAAAAUGACUGUCGUCUGCUCAGAGUUUGAUAAAAUUGGGACCAUCAGAAAUCCCUACACAGAUCAGAUAUAUGCAUUCUGGAGACCCAAUCCACCCCCUGGUUUUGCGAGUCUCGGCGACUAUUUGACACCAUUGGACAAGCCACCAACUAAAGGGGUUCUUGUUGUCAACACCAAUUUGAUGAGAGUUAAGAGGCCUUUAUCAUUCAAACUGAUUUGGUCACCUUUAGCUUCCGGGGGAUUAGGUGGUUCUUCGACUGGUGACAAAGAUGAAAGAGAGAGUUCAUGUUCCAUUUGGUUCCCUGAAGCACCAAAGGGUUAUGUGGCAUUAAGCUGUGUGGCAUCAAGUGGAAGUACACCGCCUUCACUGGCCUCUGCCUUCUGCAUCCUAGCUUCUUCUGUUUCCCCUUGUUCUCUGAGAGAUUGUAUAGCUAUCAGCUCCACAGAUAUUUCUCAAUCAAGUUUAGCUUUUUGGCGCGUGGAUAAUUCUGUUGGCAGUUUCUUACCUGCAGAUCCCUCUACUCUCAACUUAUUAGGAAGACCAUAUGAGCUACGUCAUAUAUUAUUUGGAUCCACUGGAGUCUUGCCAAAAGAAUCCAGCUACGUGGAUGUUCGGGCUCAGGCUCACAAAAAAAAAGUUUCAAUAUGGCGACCAAUCGUUUCUGAAGGGAUGGCUAUUUUGGAGAUAUUGCUGUUAGUGGGUAUGAACUCCAAACUCUUGUGUGGUUUUCAUGAUACUAGCGAUCAAGAGAUCCUCAAAGCCGCUGUUGAUUCCAACUUGUUGGACGUGUCAAGAAACACAGGGGAACCAGGGUUUGCCUGGGGAACUGAUAACAUGGUCAUUCAUGCAGAAAUUGAGACUUUUUCUGCUGCACUAUUUGAUGACUAUGGGGGACUGAUGGUUCCAUUGGUUAACAUAUCUUUGAACAAUAUAAGUUUUGGAUUACUUGGCAAAACCGAUUACACAAAUUCAACCAUCAACUUCUCCUUAGCGGCCAGGUCAUAUAAUGAUAAGUAUGAAGCAUGGGAGCCUCUCAUUGAGCCUGCAGACGGAUUCUUAAGGUACCAGUUCAACCCUAGAUCCUUUGGCGCGGUUUCUCAGUUACGCUUGACAUCUACAAAGGACUUGAAUGGAGCACUUCCUCUAGUUGACAAUGGAAAAUCUGUCAUUGAAGUGCAUCAGAAGAAAAACUAUUUCAUAAUUCCACAAAACAAACUUGGGCAGGAUAUAUAUAUUAGAGCCACCGAAAUCAAAGGAUUUAAGGAUAUUGUAAAGAUGCCAUCUGGGGACGUGAGACCUGUAAAAGUUCCCGUCUUGACCAAUAUGUUGGAUUCUCACCUCAGAGGAGAAUUAUGCAGAAAUCCUAGAAUCAUGGUUACAGUUAUUGUGAUGGAUGCACAGCUUCCAAGAACUUGUGGAUUGUCUUCGCAUCAAUACACAGCAGUCAUACGCCUGUCUCCCAAUCAGACCUCCCCAGUUGAAUCAGUGCUUCGUCAACAAAGUGCACGUACUUGUGGAAGUGUUUCAAAUAUGUUGUCCUCUGAGCUGGAAGUGGUUGACUGGAAUGAAAUAUUUUUUUUCAGAAUUGACUCCCUGGAUGACUUUAUCUUGGAAUUAAUAGUGACAGACGUCGGAAAAAGGUGCCCCAGUUGGGAAUUUUCAGCUCCUCUAAAACAGAUAGCAGAAUAUAUGGACAACUUAUACCAGCACAAUUAUGCUAAUGACCUUGUCUGGUUGGACUUGUCUACAACUGAAACCAUGAGCAUGAACCAAGGGGAUCAAAGAAAGAACUGUGGAAAAAUAAGGCUGAAUUAUGCUGCUCCUGCUGCUUGCUGGAGGUUGGGAAAUGAUGUGGUUGCAAGUGAAGUUAGUAUGCAGGAUGGAAACAGAUACGUAAAUGUCAGGUCUUUAGUUUCGGUGGAGAACAAUACUGACUUCCUACUUGACCUCUGCCUGCAGUCAAAAGUGAAUUCAAUUCCAGAUAUUCCAAUCGGGUUGCUGAAACCUGGUGAUACAUUACCGGUUCCCUUAUCAGGAUUGACACAGUCGGCAUCUUAUGUUCUGAAACUGAAAUGUGUAUUUCCUGAUGGGUCCGAUGAAUAUUCUGUGAGUUCUGUGGUUUCGAGGCCUGGGGGACCAGAGGAAGCUGUCCUUAUAUCUCACCCCAAUGGUGUCCCUGCGAAGACAAUUGGACUAAGAAGUUCUGCCACUGAAGCAGAUAGUUUUGUCGAAGAUGAUCAGAGUCUACGCUCCGUUCUGGUUUUCGAUUGCGAGGUGUCCCUCGCUUACACUCAGGCUUUUAGAUCUGUCAGGGAAGAAGCAAACAAGAAAAUGUCUAUAUCUCAGCUUGGCAAUCAGCAACAUGGUCCUGCCAAAGAUCUUUCUGCUCUUGGUGACAUGGAUGGAUCUUUGGAUGUGGAUGCGUAUGAUCCCGAUGGAAAUUGCAUGCGGCUAUUUUUAUCUACAAAACCUUGCACUUACCAGUCGGUUCCUACAAAGAUCAUAUCUGUUCGACCAUUCAUGACUUUCACCAACAGGAUCGGUGAAGACAUGUAUAUUAAACUGAACAGUGCAGAUGAACCAAAAGUACUCCAUGCUUAUGAUUCGAGGGUCUCCUUUGUUUUCCAACCAAGUGGGAGAGAUGAACUCCAGAGUCAAAAUGGUGCACAGAGAUAUGUGAAAGCAGAGAUACGGGGAUUUGAAGAAGGGUCACGUUUUAUAGUUGUAUUUCGACUAGGACCAAGCAACGGUCCUAUGAGGGUUGAAAAUAGAUCAACUGUCAAAAGCAUCAGUGUUCGGCAAUCUGGUUUUGGUGAAGAUUCGUGGGUUUUUUUGGAACCUCUUUCAACAGCAAAUUUUGCUUGGGAAGAUCCUUAUGGUCAGAAAUUCUUGGAUGCUAAGGUUGAAAGUGAUCACCGCUCUGGGGUUUUCAAAGUAGACAUGGAAAAAGGUGUUGUGGAUUCUGAAUUGUGUAGGGAGUUAGAAGUGAACUUUGAUGUUCAAGAAAUUGGUAACAUCAAGAUUGCUAGAUUCACCGAUGAUGAUAGUAAUUCACAGAGUCCUAAUGAAAUCAUAUCUUUGACAUCGGUUGGAAAUCAUGGAUAUUCUACUCCUCAGACACCUACAGAACACAAGACCACCACUCUGGAGUUUAUAAUUGAAAUGGGACUAGUGGGGAUCUCUCUUGUAGAUCACAUGCCUAAAGAGUUAUCAUAUUUUUACCUUGAAAGAGUAUUUGUAUCUUACUCCACUGGGUAUGAUGAGGGAAGAACUAGCAGGUUCAAAAUCAUUCUGGGUCAUUUACAGAUUGAUAACCAGCUACCUCUAACUUUAAUGCCAGUACUAUUGGCACCAGAUAACACUGGAGAUAGUCGUCAACCAGUGCUUAAGAUGACAAUUACAAUGUGUAACGAAGAAACUGAUGGCAUUCAAGUGUAUCCAUAUGUGUAUGUACGGGUAACUGAUAAUACCUGGCGACUAAACAUUCACGAGCCUAUCAUAUGGGCUUCAGCUGACUUCUACAAUAAGCUUCAGAUGGACCGUCUCCCCAAAAGUUCUAGUGUCGCGCAAGUUGAUCCUGAGAUACAUAUAAACCUCAUUGAUGUGUCGGAGGUAAGGCUAAAGGUCUCACUAGAAACAGCGCCAGCUCAGAGGCCUCAUGGAAUUCUUGGUGUUUGGAGCCCCAUUUUGUCCGCUGUUGGAAAUGCUUUCAAAAUUCAGGUUCAUCUAAGGAGAGUAAUGCACAGAGAUCGGUUUAUACGGAAAAGUUCAAUAGUUCCAGCCAUCGGGAAUCGCAUAUGGAGAGAUCUGAUCCACAAUCCCUUACAUUUGAUUUUCUCAGUAGAUGUUUUGGGUAUGACUAGCUCAACGUUGGCUUCUCUUAGCAAAGGGUUUGCCGAGCUUUCAACUGAUGGUCAAUUCAUGCAACUACGGGCCAAACAGGUUUGGUCGAGGCGGAUCACCGGUGUAGGUGAUGCAAUUGUUCAAGGAACAGAAGCCCUAGCACAAGGUGUUGCCUUUGGGGUAUCAGGAGUUGUUACGAAGCCUGUAGAGAGCGCCCGACAAAAUGGUAUUCUAGGGUUUGCCCAUGGGGUAGGACGUGCGUUCCUAGGAUUUAUCGUACAACCAGUGAGUGGUGCAUUAGAUUUUUUCUCAUUGACUGUUGAUGGAAUUGGAGCAAGUUGUACCAGAUGUUUGGAGGUUUUGAGCAACAGGACCGCCUUGGAGAGAAUUAGAAAUCCUCGUGCUGUUCAUGCUGAUGGUAUACUCAGGGAAUAUGAUGAGAAGGAAGCUAUAGGCCAGAUGCUCCUUCACCUAGCAGAAGCAAGUCGACACUUUGGCUGUACAGAAAUAUUCAGGGAACCCUCAAAAUUCGCUUUGACUGAUUGCUAUGAAGAGCAUUUCCUUGUUCCAUACAAACGCAUUGUCAUGGUGACCAACAAGAGAGUUGUGUUAUUACAGGUUAAACCAACUAGAAUACGAUUUUACUUGCAGGUUUUCCAUUAGUCUCUCAAUAUUGUUUUUAUUAACCGAAUGUUUGCUUCCAUUUAGUGCUCUGAUCUGGAUAAGAUGGAUAAGAAACCCAGCAAAAUCAU